AUGACCACGGCUUCAAAGAAUGGAUGUCGGUGUGGCGGUCGUGGAACCAAGGAACCGCUUCUCAUCGACGCGGUCACUGGUAAAAUGGUUAAACGCAACUGUCGGAACCUCUCCGCCGCCUGGAUAGACUACAAAAAGGCAUUCGACUCGGUGCCCCAUACAUGGCUAAAGAGGGUCCUCGAACUAUACAAAGUAGACAAUACACGUAUUACUGGAGGGCUCGGUGGGAGGAUUUCAGCUUCGGAGAGGAGGGACAAAAGUGACCCACCUUUCUACAUGGAUGACCUCAAGUUAUUCGCCUCCAAUCGCUCCCAUUUGAUGGAAUUGCUUAAAGUCACUUGUGAUUUCAGCAAUUCUAUCAAAAUGGAGCUCGGGACGGAUAAGUGUGCGGUCCUUCAUGUCGAAAGGGGUAAGGUCACUAAUACGGAGGGCAUAGACUUAUCUAUGCCCGUUAACAUAAGGACCCUCUCUGAGGCUGAAACAUACCGAUACCUGGGUAUGUCACAAAAUAUGUGUAUCGAUGAGGCUGGCAUGAAACAGUCAGUUCGUGACGUGUUUUUUGCACGCCUGACAAAGGUGUUUAAUAGCCAUUUGUCAGGCGGGAACAAGGCACGUGCUUUUAACGGCUGGGUCAUGCCAGUCCUCAUGUAUACCUUUGGCAUACUCAGGUGGACUCAAACUGAGCUCAACGCCCUGGACCGAAAAGUCCGCACAACUAUGACGUCCCACAGAAUGCAUCAUCCGAGAUCGUCAGUGAUGAGGCUGUACCUUCCGCGGAAGCAUGGCGGGAGGGGCUUUUUAAGCGCCCUCACCAUGCACAAUCGCGAGGUGUGCAGCCUCCGUAACUACUUUCUGGCGAGAUCGGAUGAGUCAAUCUACACGGACGUCAUUAGUUGUGAUAAAGGACUUACCCCUCUAUCCUUAGCCAACGAGCAAUGGCAGGACCCGGGAGUACUGAGCGUUUCCGACCGAGAGGCUGUAUGGAAGGAGAAAGAGCUCCACGGGAGGUUCUACAAGGCUCUACACGAGCCUUUCGUAGAUACUGUUGCCUCCCUGAACUGGCUACGUUUCGGUGACCUCUUUGGGGAAACCGAAGGUUUUGUCUGUGCGAUACAGGAUCAGGUUAUUAAGACGAACAACUAUAGGAGAUACAUCCUAAAGGAUGGCACCGUCGACAUCUGUCGAGCUUGUCGCCAUCCCGGGGAGUCGCUUCGGCAUGUUAUCUCCGGUUGUUCCAUGCUUUCUAACUCUGAGUAUCUGCAUAGACACAACCUAGUAGCCAGAAUCCUACACCAGGAGCUCGCUCUGAAAUACGGCCUCGUGGAACGGAAACUGCCGUAUUAUAAGUACUCUCCGGAGGCCGUGCUCGAAAAUGACCGCGCCAGGCUCUAUUGGGACCGGUCCAUCAUCACGGACAGGACAAUUGUCGCGAACAAACCUGAUAUCGUGUUGAUGGACCGGGCACAGUCGCGGGUAUUUUUGGUCGACAUUACCAUUCCAUAUGACGAGAACCUCGUGAAAGCCGAAACAGAUAAGAAGACGAAGUAUCUGGACCUGGCUCACGAGGCGAAA